AUGAUAAUCAAUAAUGUACAUUAUCGGGAGGAUGUGAAAUACGCUCUUCAGCAGAGUCGCAUCGUACUUCGCACACUCGGUAUCUGGCCGUUGACCGAUAGACGGCCAAAUACGAUCGAAAAGAUAUCAAAUAUUCUCCUCGUGUUCAUCUGCUACUUUUUCCUUCAUUGCGACAUGGUGCCGGGUGUGCUUUACUACGCGUUCUCUGACGACGAGCCGAUAGUAAAGGUGAAGAUGAUGUCACCUAUUCUGUACUCGAUCAUGGCGAUCGCCAAGUACAGUAACUUACUAACAUUCGGUGGUGAGAUCAGACGUUGUUUGCGGUACAUCAAGGAGGACUGGCGAACGAUGCUAAUCGGGGACGCGCGAGACCUGAUGAUGAUCAAAGCGAGUACCAGCAGACGGCUCUUCACCAUAUGUUGCACGUUCAUGUAUUGCGGUGGAGUCUCCUACAAUACGAUAGUGCCAUUGACGACAGGGACGAUCGUUGACGAUCAGAACGUUACAAUCAGAUGGCUAUCCUGUCCUGGUUAUUACGUUUUCUUCGACCCGCAGAACAGCCCGGCCUAUGAAAUCGUGUUUCUUCUGCAAUGUCUUUGCGGCCUCGUCAUGUACACGAUUACGGUGACGAUUUGCGGCUUAGCCGCGCUCUUCGUGUUGCACGCGUGUGCUCAGAUGGAGAUCUUGAUGCGAUUGAUGAGAGAUCUUGUUGACAAGAGCAACUCUGGGCAGAAGGACGUCGCUGCAAAACUGGCUACUAUAAUUGAACAGCAGAUAAGGAUACGAAAGUAA